CUGGUAACUAAGCACAGAGUAACAGCGCUCGCGACAACAGCGUCUAAGGAAAAAGUGCAGUCCCCACUGAUGGUCUACCCUUAGCAACCGUGGACAAACAUGAGUUAUCACAGCAUAAGGCCCUCCAGCUCUGCCAGCUUCUCCUCCGACUCCACAUCAAGAGUCAUAGAAGGCGACUGUAGCAGUCUGAUGCAGCAGAAGCUGGAAAGACAGAGGGCUCUGCUGGAGCAGAAGCAGCGACGGAAACGUCAGGAACCCAUGAUGGUCCAGCCCAACACCGAGACCCGACCGCGGCGCUACAGGACGCGGCGAGGAGAGGAGCAGGACCCGCUGGUGGAGUCUCAGAUCAGCAUCAACAGUGACAUCAUCAUUGAUGGUAUCGAUGGACCGGCAGCUUUCACAGCUCCAGCAGCUCCUGAUCUGGGAACACAAAUCCAGGUUCAGUCAGCGAGCCAGUCCCAGUCACCCCAGCCUCAUCAUCAGCCUCCGUCUCAACCUCAGUCUCCUAAAGCCGAGGAAACAGAAAGAGACGGAGACACCGAGACUCUGCUGGAGCCCAAGACAGACAUCCACGAGCUGCUACAGAGGGAAGGUUUGUGUGGAAGUAUGAACUUUGAUGAAACCAGCGAACACGAAGACGAUGCGGACGAGAAUCAGAUUUCUUCUCUGUCCUCCCAAACCGACGUUACCAGACCCGCCUCAGCUUCUAGUGGCAAAAACAUUCCUGAGACUGUAAUCCCUGGAUCACCUUCUGCAGAAAGCUUCCUUGCAGACUCUGCAAACCUAGAGGAGUUUGUCCUGUCCCCUGCCCCUAGUGGCAUCAAAAUUAAAUGCAGGAUUACUCGGGACAAGAAAGGUAUGGACCGAGGCCUCUAUCCCACCUACUACAUGCACAUGGAGAGAGACGAUGGGAAAAAGGUUUUUUUGUUGGCUGGAAGGAAGAGAAAGAAGUGCAAAACAUCUAACUACCUCAUUUCAGUGGAUGCCACGGAUCUGUCACGAGAUGGAGAGAGUUUUAUUGGGAAGCUGAGGUCUAAUGUCAUGGGAACCAGAUUCACAGUGUUUGAUAACGGCACCAAUCCCUGCAAAAACCUUGGGACGCUACUGGAGGAAAGCAACACACGGCAGGAGCUAGCUGCAAUCUGCUAUGAUACCAACCUGCUGGGAUUCAAAGGGCCACGUAAAAUGACUGUUGUCCUCCCAGGGAUGAACAUGAACUUUGAGCGAAUCCCUGUUAGGCCUCAAAAUGAACAGGAGAGUCUGGUAGGCAGGUGGCAAAACAACAGGCUGGAAAACCUGAUUGAGCUGCACAAUAAGGCCCCCGUGUGGAACGACGACACCCAGUCAUACGUGUUAAACUUCCACGGUCGAGUAACACAGGCUUCAGUGAAAAACUUCCAGAUAGUGCACGACAAUGACCCCGACUACAUCGUUAUGCAGUUCGGAAGAGUUUCCGAAGACAUCUUCACCCUGGAUUACAGCUACCCCAUGUGUGCUCUUCAGGCCUUCGCGAUCGGCUUGUCCAGCUUUGACAACAAGCUGGCCUGUGAGUAACGGGACGGUGUGCUGGAUUCAAACCCUCGGACAUGAUCUGUGUGCGGCAC